AUAAAAAUGUUUAUUUUGUACCAUUAUAAAUGAUAGAUUUUUUUAAAUUAGUUUAAUUUAAUUUUUUAUUAUUAACAUAAUUGCAACACAAAAUCACGUACACAAAUGCUUACAGAUUCAAGAUAAGUAUCAUAAUUUUAAAAGGAUCAACAUGCAUUUUAUGGAACUAAAAAGUUUUAUAAGCAUGAUUUUUUGUUGGUUUAUAUGAUCAUAGGCCGUAGUGAUACAUAAAAGAGCACAAAAACUAUCAAUCUGAACCCAGACAACAAAGAAAUAAAGCUGCUUUUUAUCAUUUUUUAUAUGUCAUUGUUGUUUAAAAGAUAAGAAAACUUUCAGUUUAUUUUUAUAUCGUAAAAUCUUUAUACUAAAUGAUAUGACAUUAAAAAAGCAGAAAACCGACUGAAAAUUAGGUUCGGAAACGAAAAUUACAUAAAAUCAACCUUCAAUUUUUAAAAAAUGGAGAGAAUAAAUAAUUUAAAGGCGAAAUUUAUAACUUUAUCUAUACCGGAAGAUAUUGAUGAUGGAUUAGAAACUUUGAAGGAAUACAAAGAUAGAUGGAGAUCAAUACGAGUUAUAUAUUUUACAAUGUUUUUGAUGUCACUGGGAUUUAGUAUUGUAAUAACUGGAAUAUGGCCUUUUUUAAACAAACUAGAUCCUUCAGCAGGAAAAGAAUUUAUGGGACUGGUGGUAGGUGCAAAUCCUCUGGGUCAAAUGAUUUUUAGUCCGCUUUUUGGUUGGUGGGGGAACCGUUUAAAUUCAAUUAGAGUUCCAAUGUACUGCUCUUUAACCUUAUUUACAAUUGCAAGCGCAACGUAUUCAUCUUUAGAAUUCAUACCAACUUAUACAAAAUAUUGGAUGCUUGGUUCACGAUUUUUGGUGGGUGUAAGUUCAGCUAAUGUCGCUGUAUGCAGGUCUUAUUUGUCAGCUGCAACACGAAUAUCAGAAAGAACUAAAGCUAUUUCAAUGAUUUCAUUAGCACAAGUUAUGGGAUUUGUUAUUGGACCUGGUUUACAGGCAGCUGUGACACCAUUAAAAAGCGAAGGAAUUUUAAUAUUUGAUUUCAUCAAAUUAGAUAUGUAUACUGCAGCUGGAUGGAUUAAUGUUCUAAUGAGCAUAUGUAACGUGUGCUUAUUUUUGCCUGUUGUUUUUCAGGAAAGAAAAAUUGCUGCCAAAGAAGUAAUGAAAAUUCAAGGAAGAAAGAGUGAAAAAGAAACCUUCAAAGCAAAUAAACCAGAUUACGUAGCCGCCUGGAAUUUAAUUGUCGCCUUCUUUGUGCUGCUCUUUAAUUUUGUUCUGCUAGAAACGCUUGGAACUUCGCUAACCAUGGAUCAGUUCGCAUGGUCCAAAACUGAAGCACUUUAUUACAUGGGUUUGUUGAUGUCUGUUGGUGCUAUAUUAGCUUGCAUAACUUUUGUUGGAAUUGGGCCGUUAUGUAAAAUAUUUGCAGAGGAAAAUGUAUUGAUUUGGGGUGGAUUUUCGUUAAUGGUAAUUGGUCGUUUUGUAUGUAUACCUUGGGGUGACGCACCCGCAAAAUUAGCUAAAACUAUAGAUGAAAUUAUAGCUAAAAACGCAACUAUUGACUUUGAAAAUGACGUACAAUAUUUAGGCUGUCCAGAAACUCAAGAAUGGUGUAAAUAUACACCAGCGUUGACAAUUACUCAAUUUUUAUUAGGUUAUGCGCUUACAUCAAUUGGAUAUCCAAUUGGAAUUACUCUCAUACAAACUAUAUUUUCAAAAAUUUUGGGACCAAGACCUCAAGGAGUUUGGAUGGGGCUUAUGACGGGUUCAGGCUGUCUGUCUCGUGUAAUGGGCCCAGUAUUCGUUGGAUAUAUAUACACGAGACUUGGAACUUAUUGGACUUUCGGUACUACUGGGGUUAUGAUGCUGGUUUCCAUGAUUUGGUUACAUUUAUUUCGAAAGCGAUUAAUACCCCCGAAAUAUGAGAAAAAUAUUGAGCUGCAAGAAUUAAACCCAAAAGAAAGUUUAAGUCAAAAAGAAAACGAACAUCAAUAUAACAAAGAAUUAGCUUAACUGCGAUUACAAAAAAUACUCCCACUUUUGUCUUUUCUAAACAGAAAAUAUAACAGACGUGCAAUUCGAAAAGUAGAUAAUAUUAGUACUUAUAAAUUUUACAAAGAUUCCGCUUUGCCAAACUAAUUGUAAACCUAAAACUAGUAAUAUAAAAUUAUAUAUAAAACUUUGAUUUUCAAAUAAGUAUAACGUCAAGACAAUCAAAGCAAAUAAAACUUCUUAAAUAAAUACCCAACAAAAUAAAAGGUUAUGUGUAUGUAUUAUGUAUAAGUGGAAAUUAAUAGUUAACAAUUUAUAAUUUUUAAAGAAAGAUAUGUGUUUUAAUAUUUAGGAUUAUUACUUCUUAAUGGAUGUUUAAACAUUGUAACUACGAAAAUAAAUAUGUUUCUCAUAAAAUAAGUGGUUGUGUCAAUAAUUGGCCUAAUUUUAAAAGAUAUAAGCAAAAAUAAUAUUAACAUUAAAGGAGUUAGUCAUUUUUGUUAUAAAAUUGUUAUUAAUAUAAAAUUCAAUUUAUGUAUGUAUUAAUUAUUUUUUCUAUAUGAUUUUCAAAUAAAAUACAAAAUUUUUUAAUAUCCUACUAUGAAUAUAUGUAAAUAUAAAAAUUACUGAUUUUACUUUUAAAUAAAAAGAAUUUUUCUAAG